GCUUCCACCGUCUUCGCGUCUGCUUUGUGCUACUCGAGUUCUUCCCGAAACUAAGCCCGCUUUUUCUUAUACACAUCUUACACAAUGACCGUCUCUACCAAGGUCUUCUCCCUCGAGGGGAAAGGUCUGAAGCUCGACACCGCCGAGGACCUCGAGGCCCAUAUUGCCCCCCUCCGGGCCAUGGACGAUGUCGAGGAAGUCCGCCUUUUGGGAAACACUUUGGGCGUCGGCGCUUGCAAGUUGCUUGGUGAGGUUCUCGCCACCAAGAAGACUCUUCGUGUUGCCAACUUUGCCGAUAUUUUCACCGGCCGUCUGCUCAACGAGAUCCCCGAGGCCCUUUCCUCGCUCCUCACCUCCAUCCUUAACCUCCCCAAGCUGAACACGAUAAACCUCAACGACAAUGCAUUCGGCCUCAACACCCAGGCGCCCCUUGUUGCCUUCCUCGCCGCACACGUCCCUCUCCAGCACCUGUAUCUGAACAACAACGGCCUGGGUCCCCAUGCCGGUAUUUUGAUUGCCGACGCUCUGUCCGAACUCCACGCCAAGAAGGAAGAAGCGCGCAAGCAGGGACAGGAUGUUCCCUACCUCGAGACCGUCAUUUGUGGCCGUAACCGUCUGGAGAACGGCAGUAUGACCGCGUGGGCUAAGACUUUCAGACUCCAUAACAAGGUUAAGCAGAUUAAGAUGGUCCAAAACGGUAUUCGGCAAGAGGGUAUAUCCCAUCUGCUGAGCGAGGGUCUUAACCACGCUUCUCAGCUCCAGAUUCUCGAUCUCCAGGACAACACCUUCACCCUCAAGGGCGCUAAGGCUCUUGCGAAGGUGACCCCCGGCUGGACUGAGCUCAUCGAACUUGGCAUCGGUGACUCUCUCCUUUCUGCCAAGGGCGGUAUCCUUUUGUCGGAGGCGCUUCUGAAGGGAAAGAACAAGAAGCUCGAGAUCCUGCGCCUCCAGUACAAUGAGAUUACCGCCCGUGGCAUUAAGGGUCUGGCUCUGGCCGCUGAGGAGGCUCUUCCUGCCUUGAAGAAGAUCGAACUCAACGGCAACAAGUUCACCGAGGACGAUGAGGCCAUUAUCGCUUUGCAAGAUCUUCUCGAGGAGCGCAAGGAGCGGUUUGGUGGCGAUGUUGUCGCCGAGGACGAGUGGGGUCUUGACAGCCUGAGCGACCUUGAGGAGGAAGAUGAGGAGGAAGAAGAAGAAGAGGAGGAGGAGGAGGAGGAAGUCGAAGAGAGGGCAGAGAAGCUCAUCAAGGAAGCCGAGGCGGCUCAGGAAGAGCCAGUUGUUCAGGUCAAGGACAAGGAGGUUGAUGAGCUUGCUCAGAAACUGGCUAAGACCGAACUCUAAGCAUGUCUUUAACGUGCUUGGACAAUUCAACUCAACUGGAACAGUGCGCAACGAAGAACUCUCUUUUCUUCAUGGAGACGAAUACAGACGAUACCCAAGAUAAGCGACGACGGGAGUUUGGGGAUAUGAUUAUAGAUUAGAUAUUGUCCUGUAUCGUGUUGGAUGCCCUUUCAUUGCGCCGUCAUCAUGUUUUGGCACGUCCUUGUCUGUAAAUUUCAGGGGUUUGACACAGCGACUGGGCCGCUCAACUGUAAAUCACCUACCCUUUGGAUGAGGUGGUGUAAACAUUACAUGUUUGUAACGACUGCAUUGACACGGCUUUAUUCCUUACGAUAACUGGCAAGAAAUGGCCUUGGCUUGAUUCCUGGGAUUUAUG